GCUGCUGCAAGACGUAGGAUAAAAAGAACCUUGAGAGGAUUUGUUGGCUCCUUGAUUACCUAAUGAAGUUUAGCUUAUUUCGAGCUUCGAGCUCCGAGCUCCAAGCUUCAAUCGUUUCUCAAACAACAGCAACAAUCAACCUUCUCCUGUCCGUCAUUGCCUAACACGCCAAACGUUGGUUUUCUGGUCAUAUCAUAAUGUCUAAACUCCGCGCCUCCAGUCGACCAACGAUCCGCGAAUUGUCAGCAUUCCUCCUCUCACCACCGGCUCGACAGCAAUCUACACACUGCAUCUCGCACCUUGCCCGUUCCUCGAAAGCACUUCGCAAGAAUGCUCUUUCACUUCCAAGCCGCCAAAUAUACCGCUCCAUAUCUCUCUCGUCCUCUAAUCUCGCCUCUCCCAAAUCCAAAAGCCGCGAUCGUGGUCCCGCAUCCACCGAAGAUACGCAGACGGACUUCGCAGCUCUGAACGUACUGGGCAACACGCCUGCUCCGAGCACGAGUAUAGACGCUUGUUUGUGGGAUGGUUUCCACUUGGACAGUGGGGUAAAAAUUGGUGGUGGGACAGGUGUGCUACUCGUGGCGGGUGAGGCAUUUGCGUGGAGGCCAUGGGAGUCGCCUGUUCCCAGUGGGAAGACUUUGAGUCUGGUGAACGAGAAAGGGCAAUGGGAGGUCGGUGAUGAGGCUUGGGGGCUGUUGGGACUGGUUUGGCCAAAGCCUGAUUUAUUAAUUCUCGGGUUGGGCAAAGACAUGAGGCCAAUAUCUCCACGGACGAGGCAGUUCAUUAAUAGCUUGGGGAUCCGUGUCGAUAUAUCGGAUACGAGAAAUGCGGCUGCACAGUUCAAUUUACUAGCCACAGAGCGAGGUAUUUCAACGAUUGCGGCAGCACUUAUACCAAUGGGAUUCCGGGAAGGCGUGGGUAUUAUUAGUGGAGAUAAUUGAGUAUACCGAGAAGCUUCCAAUUAUCAGUAAUCGCAAAGCAACUCUGACGGACAACACUAUUCUAUGAAUUAGAGUUAUGCUGCAAAUCUUGGCAUGCAAUAAGUGCUACUUAGAUGCCUCUUUGUGGGGGAAUGUGUUGCAGCACAGGAUUGUAUAACGAGGCAUUUAAGCAGAUACCAGCGAUUUAUAUACUCCAUUGGGUCAAUCGUAAAGUCAAGUGGCCUAUUAAUAUCAGCAAUGUUAGUGUUCAGUCGACCCAGUCAAUACAGUCAGCUCGUUUUCUCUACCAGUGUAGAGACAAUGGACCCCGGUGUGGUAAAUCUCGCUCCCAUCUCUAAUUGAGUUCUGAUUGGUCAAUGGUCCAAUUUACUCAUUGAAGUUUUUAUUCCACACCAAAGACUCGGAAAGGGCUGUGUGAGUGUUGCAAGGAGAAUGGAUGUAGGCAUGGUAUGGAUCAAUUAUUACUUGAGAACCACAGUAGACCUACCAUUUGGAGGCUAGAAGGCAAGUGGAUAUGGAAGAGAGCACUGUAAUGAAGCUCUCCAUGAUUAUACCACGACGAAGACAAUUCGUAUAUCAAGUGGACUUGGGACAGUCCCUUCUUGGAGGGCUGUGACGGACGUGCUCACAGAAUCGAAAAUAGUUGAGAACUUUGAAUUAUCGCUGUAAACAAGAGAACGGCAACACCUAAGACAAUUUCAAGCGACCAUUUUAUGUUCGUUUUGAAUUUUAAC